UUGGAGGUUUGAAACACUGUUUUGUAUCGCAGUCACCUGCACAGAGCCAAAGGUAAGAACGUCUUCCACUGCCUUGCCUACCUUUUCACAGUAAAAAGAACAAAGAGCAAUCUUAGUUGUAAAUGUCAGCGGCAAAACUGUUUGGCACCAUAACUUGGAACAUACAAGAAGACAAAAUGCACAUUAGAAUAGCUGUUCUGCUCCUCUGCAUGGUUCCAAUGGUCACUUCUCAGGAAUGGCAAAACGAAAGACCACAGUGGUACCGGACAGAGCACACUGGUGUCAAGGCUUGCUCCAACCUGACACAAAUACUGGACAACUGGAAAUUUGCUAUUGUGACUCAAGUGAAAGACUUGCUCAUCAACGACCACGUGAAUGUGCUUCCCGAAUACAGCAGGAUCCGGCCUCUGUCAGACGCUCUGGGUGACCUCUACAGACAGUUCAGCGCUCUCAAGGAGGAACUGGCGAGCCUCACGGUCAAGCUUGACAGCGUGGAGGCUUUUGCGGACCGCAUCAAGGACGGCAGUUUUACCCCAUCUUUGUGGCUCGUGCGAAGGAGACCACUUAGAGCCCAGAUGAGGCCUCUGGAUCCAAUCAGAGUCAGAAGACCAGAGAGACCACCACGCAGGCCCUAGUAUUGUUUCUCAUAAAAAAAACAUACUUUCACAUAAACAAGACUUUUACAUAUUAUUAUUUCUUAAAGGUUAUUAGUUCAUAUAACGCCAACCAAUUAAUGGGAUGAAUACAAUCUUUGCAAUGCAUUUUUUAUCCACAAGAGGGUAGUAUAUACAACUGCCACCACAGAGAACCAUAGAACCACAAAUGGUCAGCUUUAAGCCACUCUUGAUUGUUACACCCAACAGCAUUGAUCUCUUUGACAAAAUUGAGAAUAAUUUCUUAUAAUUAGAUAUCUAUUUAUAUUGUAUAUAGUAUUGGGAUUUAGUAUAUACAUAUAAUAAUAAAAAUAACAAUUUCAUAAAUAA